CCGCGGCCGCCGACUUAAACUUUGGAGGGGGGAAAAGAGCUACUGGCGCGGGGCGACCCUUCCUUGUCCCCACCCUCCCACCCCGCCGCCGGAUCCCGCCAUCCUCGGGUCUCCUCAACCUGCCAGAUUUCUCUUCUUGGAUCCCCGCACUCCUACCACCAGCUCACGAGAUCCCUCGGACCUAGGACCCGGGCUCCCCGGGCUUCCCCAGCCGGAUCCCGGGUGGGCGCCGGGCGGCCGGUCUUGGGCCAGUCCCCAUGGCCGCCGCCCCCGCCUAUUCCGCCGGGCUCCCCUGCUCUCCAGGGCCGGGGUCUCCUCCUCCCCCCGGCGGCUUGGAGCUGCAGUCGCCGCCACCGCUGUUGCCCCAGGUCCAGGCCCCGGGCCCCGGGGUCUCCUUCCACAUCCAGAUCGGGCUGACCCGAGAGUUCGUGUUGUUGCCCGCCGCUUCCGAGCUGGCCCAUGUGAAGCAGCUGGCUUGUUCCAUCGUGGACCAGAAGUUCCCUGAGUGUGGCUUCUAUGGCCUUUACGACAAGAUCCUGCUCUUCAAACAUGACCCGACGUCUGCCAACCUCCUGCAGCUGGUGCGCUCGGCUGGAGACAUCCAGGAGGGCGACCUGGUGGAGGUGGUGCUGUCGGCCUCGGCCACCUUCGAGGACUUCCAGAUCCGCCCUCACGCCCUCACCGUGCACUCUUACCGAGCGCCUGCCUUCUGCGACCACUGCGGGGAGAUGCUCUUCGGCUUAGUGCGCCAGGGCCUCAAGUGCGAUGGCUGCGGGCUAAACUACCACAAGCGCUGUGCCUUCAGCAUCCCCAACAACUGCAGUGGGGCCCGCAAGCGGCGCCUGUCAUCCACGUCUCUGGCCAGUGGCCAUUCAGUGCGCCUUGGCACCUCCGAGUCACUGCCCUGCACGGCUGAUGAGCUGAGCCGUAGCACCGCCGAACUCCUGCCUCGCCGCCCUCCGUCGUCGUCCUCCUCGUCUUCUGCCUCAUCCUACACCGGCCGUCCCAUUGAGCUGGACAAGAUGCUGCUAUCCAAGGUCAAAGUGCCGCACACCUUCCUCAUCCACAGCUACACGCGGCCCACCGUUUGCCAGGCUUGCAAGAAACUCCUCAAGGGCCUCUUCCGCCAGGGCCUGCAGUGCAAAGACUGCAAAUUUAACUGUCAUAAACGCUGUGCCACCCGUGUCCCUAACGACUGUCUGGGAGAGGCGCUUAUCAAUGGAGAUGUGCCGAUGGAGGAGGCCACUGAUUUCAGCGAGGCUGACAAGAGCGCCCUCAUGGAUGAGUCAGAUGACUCCGGUGUCAUCCCUGGUUCCCACUCGGAGAACGCGCUCCACGCCAGUGAGGAGGAGGAAGGCGAGGGAGGCAAGGCCCAGAGCUCCCUGGGGUACAUCCCCCUAAUGAGGGUGGUGCAGUCGGUGCGGCAUACGACACGGAAAUCCAGCACCACGCUGCGCGAGGGUUGGAUGGUUCAUUACAGCAAUAAGGACACGCUGAGGAAGCGACACUAUUGGCGCUUGGACUGCAAGUGCAUCACGCUCUUCCAGAACAACACGACCAACAGAUACUACAAGGAAAUUCCACUGUCAGAAAUCCUCACAGUGGAGUCCGCCCAGAACUUCAGCCUCGUGCCACCAGGCACCAACCCACACUGCUUCGAGAUUGUCACUGCCAAUGCCACCUACUUCGUGGGCGAGACCCCUGGCGGGGCCCCAGGUGGGCCGAGUGGGCAGGGGGCUGAGGCUGCCCGGGGCUGGGAGACGGCCAUCCGCCAGGCUCUGAUGCCCGUCAUCCUCCAGGAUGCACCCAGCGCACCAGGCCAUGCCCCCCACAGACAAGCUUCUCUGAGCAUCUCUGUGUCUAACAGUCAGAUUCAAGAGAAUGUGGACAUCGCCACUGUCUACCAGAUCUUCCCUGAUGAGGUGCUGGGCUCAGGGCAGUUUGGUGUGGUCUAUGGAGGAAAGCACCGGAAGACGGGCCGGGAUGUGGCAGUGAAGGUCAUAGACAAACUGCGCUUCCCCACCAAGCAGGAGAGCCAGCUCCGGAAUGAAGUGGCCAUUCUGCAGAGUCUGCGGCAUCCUGGGAUUGUGAACCUGGAGUGCAUGUUCGAGACUCCUGAAAAAGUGUUUGUGGUGAUGGAAAAGCUACACGGGGAUAUGUUAGAAAUGAUCCUCUCCAGCGAGAAGGGCCGGCUGCCUGAACGCCUCACCAAGUUCCUCAUCACUCAGAUCCUGGUGGCUUUGAGACACCUCCACUUCAAGAACAUUGUCCACUGUGACCUGAAACCGGAAAAUGUGUUGCUGGCAUCAGCUGACCCAUUUCCUCAGGUGAAGCUGUGUGACUUCGGCUUUGCGCGCAUCAUCGGUGAGAAGUCGUUCCGCCGCUCGGUGGUGGGCACGCCGGCCUACCUGGCGCCCGAGGUGCUGCUCAACCAGGGCUACAACCGCUCGCUGGACAUGUGGUCAGUAGGCGUGAUCAUGUAUGUCAGCCUCAGCGGCACGUUCCCAUUCAACGAGGACGAGGACAUCAACGACCAAAUCCAGAACGCUGCCUUCAUGUACCCGGCCAGCCCCUGGAGCCACAUCUCGGCAGGAGCCAUCGACCUCAUCAACAACCUGCUGCAGGUGAAGAUGCGCAAGCGCUACAGUGUGGACAAGUCUCUCAGCCACCCCUGGUUACAGGAGUACCCGACGUGGCAGGACCUCCGGGAGCUGGAGGGGAAGAUGGGCGAACGGUACAUCACGCACGAGAGCGAUGAUGCGCGCUGGGAGCAGUUUGUGGCGGAGCACCCGCUGCCCGGGCCUGGGCUCCCGGUCGACGGGGAGCUCGGGGCGGCCCUGCCACCGCAGGACAGCGACAUGCAGGGGCUGGCCGAGCGCAUCAGCGUCCUCUGAGGCCCCGCGCCCCGCCGCGUGGCUGCCCUCGCCCCCACACCAUCCCCGCAGAGAACUGUUCCGCGGGAACUGCUGCCCACGCUCGGUGGGGCGCGCGCGGAGGGGUGGGGCGUUGUGCCGAAGGGCGCCUCCCCGUCUCCCCAACCAUUAAAACGGACCCGUCGCUGGCCCCCUGGCCUCAGCGUCUGACCACACCGAACUCUUGAAUC